AGUCGUCCAUGGGAGAUUGAAAACCUCAUGCUUGCCUUGCUCAUUUUGGCGCGCAUGAGGCAGGCUGCCGGACCUCGCUGCUGAUCAGCGCAUGGCACAGAGGCAGCGGCGCGCAGUCCAUCGCAGCGCAGGUGCAGUCACAUGUGUUGCGACUGCCCUUUGUGCAUGGUGUCAGAGCUUGCUGUCUUCGGCAGGACUGGCGCAUAUUCUGUCACUGGUGUGUUUUCUUGCGCAAGUGAUUCUCAUCAACUACUUCCUGGUUCAAUACUUGAGUACGACCGUGCUUUUGACAAUCUCUGUUGACCUGCCCUUGUUUCUGCACCUCGUGUGGUUCUGGCGAGUGGAGAGCACGUACCGUGCAGCACCCACACAGUGGUUCUGCUACUGCUGGGUGCACGCAGCAAAGGUGGUGGUGCUCUUUUGCCGCGUGAUGCCGCGUUUGGCGAGCGCUGCGCCGGCGGAGGACGGCCUGCGAGCCACCGACUUUAGCAUCAACAGCGCCUAUUUCCAGGACUUGUUCAGUCCGACCAUGCUGGCGAACCUAUUGCUCAUCACACCCGUCUUCUAUGCGCUACUGAUGUUCCGCACCAGCAAGGCGAUUUUUGGUUCGCUAUCAAAGCGAGUGACGGUCGACCUCAUCAUGCACUACGACAUGUUGUGGCACGUUGUCAUCGACAUGGUGGACCAGGUGGAUAUGUUUUACUAUGCGCGCUUGGCCGAGUGGGUGGGCAGCGAGGCGUUGGAGAAGCACCGCCACUCGCUGGUCAUGAUCCAAACGGCAGUGCCGUUCCUGCUAUUCUUUUCCAUGGUCAUGCAGGCUCAAGCCUUCCCUGGGGUGGUGACCGACAAGUGGACAAUCCCCGUUGACGAGUCUGCGAUUUCCGAGUGCGAGUCCGAGCCCGCGCAAGAGCUCUCCGGAAGGGACAGCUGGCGCAGGACGGAGACGGGGAGCUCCAGUGCGAUAAGGACACGGGAUGCCCGGUCGCAGCCUGCUGUGUCCUUUGCCCCUGGCUCUGAGAUGGUCCGCGACUUGCGGGGGCUGCCCUCCCAGGAAAGCGGUAGCGGCGUGAGUGACAGGACUUCCAAUGUGGUCCACAAGAAGACCACAGUCAACGGGCUGGGCAACGACCGCACCUACCUGGAGCGCCAAGAGAGGGCCCGACGCCGGCGGCUGCAGGGUGUGAUGAACCUCAUCCAGCGCCAAAAUAUUAUCAUUGCCAGGAAGAGGUCUGCCAUUGCAUCUAUUUUUCUGAUCGACGUGCCCUUCCUGGCUAUUCGGAUUUGGGUGUGGGCUUUGCUCCAACAUACAUACUUCCCCGGGCUGGGCAUCAAGAAUGGCCUCUGCAUUGUGUUGAACGUCAUGCAGUACACGCUGGUCGCUGUCGCAAGCAAAGAGUCCUUCAAGAGGAUCAAUCGAGAGCUGGCGGAGUACAUUGUGAGGUUUCAGGCCAAAACCCUCAAGGAGGCCGAUCAUACGGCUGCCACUCACGAAGAAGGUGAGAUUAUGGCAGAAGUGCAAACCCUAGCCUCGCCGGGGCAGAAGGUGCAGGAUUCGCCGCUGAUGUCUGCUUCCAAAGACCAGGAGAAGAUGAAGCAAGCACUGCGCAGAGUAAGUCGUGAGAGUUCACGAGGAGUUGGAGUUUGUGUUUAUAUUUGCGCUUUGACAAUAGCUUUUGUUGGCGGCUUCGUCCUUGCAAAAGGUGAGACGGUGGUGACACUGUUCGUCGCCUGGGUGAAGGAAGCCGUGGCACACCCGGAUGGUUAAUGAUCCGUGGGAUAGGUGAGACUUGCAGCGCUCCAGAUGCUCAAGUCAGUGUCACACAAGCAGUGGUCAUGAUU